AAAUCGAACCCCCAACCAUGGAAGUGUGAGGCGAACGUGCUAACCACUAAGCCACCAUGCCCUUCAGGCGAUGUCAAAUAGAUUUACACAUAAUUCCAGAGUGGUGUUUGGAGAUGGGGAGGGUGGCUGCCUUUGAGGAGGGGUCGAGCAGAAGGAUGGGAGUUGGGAAUUCCUUCAGGAAUUCCUUCAGCAGUUAUUUGGCGUUUUUGGGGGACUCUUGAGGAGGGGCAGUGGAGAGUAUAAUUUAGAGUUUAGUCUAUGAUUAUACUUGAUUAUUGUAUUUUCCUUUUUUUUAUUUUAAUUGUGUGUAUUUUUUUAUUAUUAUUUUUAUUAUUAUUUUAUUUUUAUUUUUUUUGGAUAUGUGAGUUUAUAUUCUAUUGACCACAGGGGUGUUCGUGGGGGGACCAGGGUGGGGUGGGAGGUUGGUAGGGGGAGGGGUUAUAGUGGGGAUUUAUGUUAAAAUAGUUUGAUUCAUUAUAUAUGUUGUUUGUCUCUUUGUGUUAACUUGUGAAUCAAUAAAAGUGUUAAUUACAGGAUUUACACAUAAUAAUUUUGGGAUUUUUUUUGUGAUUAUAUUUCAAGGUACUGUGUAAUUUAAUUAUAGUGAACUGGCACACCAUGUGUAUUUAGUUUUGUUUUGGGGUUUUUUUUAUUAAAACCAUAUGGUUUGAAUGGGAAUAUUUUAAGCUUUGGCAUUGAACUGGUUCUGGAACUUCUUUUUUUAUUUUUUUAUUUUGAUUGUCACAAAGAACUGCUAACCAUGGUAACCUAGAAGUGAAAGUAAAACGUGAGGUACUUUAGGUUAUUUCCCAAUAUACAAAGACUACUCCGUUCUCAAUAUAGGCAGGUGUUUAUUGAAAAAGAAACUGAAAUUAAAAACCUGACUAUGAAUAAGCAAAACAACCAACAUUAGCUCGUCAGUACGUGUGUACCAGUAAAUAAGCUUUAAUAAACAUUAACUCGUCAGGAGGUGUGUAGCUGAAGAGGAUCUCACUAAUGGAGUCUAAACGGUCGUUCUCUGAGGAGGACUUCGCGUGCCCUGUGUGUUGUGAUGUCUUUAAGGAGCCCGUGCUCCUCUCGUGCGGUCACAGCGCGUGCAGCACCUGCGUUCACCGGUACUGGGACACAAAAGGCUGCAGAGAGUGUCCGCUUUGCAGGAAACGAUCCCCGACCAACCCUCCUAUCAACCUGGCUCUGAAAAACCUGUCUCAGACCUUCCUGGAGUUCCGAGGUGAUCCCGAGACACUCUGCGACAUCCACAGGGAGAAGCUGAAACUCUUCUGUGUGAAUGACGGACAGGCGGCGUGCUUAAUGUGCAGAGAUUCCAGUAAACACGUACAACACUGUUUUAUCCCUGUCGACGAAGCAGCUUCUGAACUAAAGGGUGUUGUUAUGAGUGCAGUGAAUAACUUGAAAAUGAAAAUGAAGAGCCUCCAAGAUGUCCAGUUUCAUUGUCAUCAAAAUAUAGAUCACAUAAAGCAACAGGCAGAGUACAUAAGGAAUCAGAUAAAGGAGGCGUUUAAGAAACUUCGGCAGUUUCUGCAAAAGGAGAAUCGAGCCAUGAUGACUCAGCUGAAGAAGGAUGAGCAGCAGAAAACAAAGAAUCUGGAAAGCAAAAUAGAACAAAUUAAUCGAGAGAUACAGUCACUCUCAGACACUAUUAAAGACAUAAAAAAGAAAAUUGAAUUUGAAGACAUCAAAUUCCUGAAGAGCUUUGAGAGGACGUUGGCAAAAGCUGAUUACAAAGAUUCCAAUCCAAAUGUGGCUUCAAGCGAAGUUAUUGAUGUGGCAAUGUACGUGGGAAAUCUGCAGUACAGACUCUGGAACAAAAUGCAGAACAUCAUUAAAUACACUCCUGUUGUCUUGGACCCAAACACAGCUCACUCGCAGCUCAUCCUGUCUGCAGAUCUGACCAGUGUGAGAGAUAGUGAUGAUGACCAUGAAGACAAGGCUGACAAGCUCAGACCACCAGUUUUGGACACUCCUGGGCGUUUUAGGAGUUUGUGUGUUCUGGGCUCCGAGGGCUUCACUUCAGGACUGCACUGUUGGGAUGUUGAGGUGGGAAACAGCACCUUCUGGAUGCUUGGUGUAACCACUGAGACUGUGCAGAGAAAAGAACCCAAUGUUUUUGCCAGAGGAGCCUGGGGUAUUGGGUAUGAUGGUGAAAAGCUGUGUGCUCGAUCCCCUUUGGAAGUUUACACUCCUCUCACUUCGCCUGCCAACGCCAAAGUGGUCAGAAUUCGUCUGGACAUGGAUUUGGGGGAGGUGUGGUUCUUAGAUCCUGCCAGUAAAGCUGUUAUCCACAUGUUCUCGCACCACUUCACUGAGAAGGUCUUUCCAUUCUUCCACAGCAUGUGCAGUCUCUCUCCUCUGAAGAUCAUGCCUCUCCAGCCUUUUGUAGUGCUAGAAGACAUCCCUUAAUGCUCAUGUUUCUAUAAGUGAUGAGUUCUAGUGUCACACAUUCCUGACUAUAGUCCAUAUUUAAAGUUGCAAUGUUUUUAUUCUGUUGUAACAACUUGAAGUACAGGUGACUCAGUUCAGGCUACAGGCUGACAACUUGUGUGAUGCUGGAAGAAAGACGUAUGGCGAUGAAGAGAAUGUGGAGAACAUGAAGUCAAUACAGUUUUGGUUUGCUUUCUGUAUCUUUCAAGGCUGAAGGUGAAAGUGAUGUAGCUGUAUGACAGGACAUAAUGUGUCAAGUGUUUGUUCACACUUAGACAUAACGCCGUUGCACUUUUAUUUUCUACAUUCUGUGCUCUAAUAGUUUCAAUUUAUUCUAUAGUUUUUUUUUAAUAUGUACUCUAUAGUUUC